AUGUACAUGUAUUUGUCGAGUAUAAACAGUUUUGAUGAAUUGUCUGGUGAACUAUCAUUCAGCGUUCUUUUUAAUUUCACUUGGAGGGAAGAGCGAAUAAAUUGGUCAGUUGACGAUUAUGGCGGGAAAACGUCGCUGCUUUUUGCGCCGGAAGAUAUGUGGAAGCCUAAAAUAUUCGUUCGUGAAUCUGUCGAUAAUAUGGGAGAAAUUGGGAAACUAUCUGACAUGUUGAGGAUAACAUAUGACGGUUUCGUUGUGUGGACAAUUGGAGAGGUUCUUAAGGUUGUUUGCCCAGUAGAUGUUACAUUCUUCCCUUUUGAUAGCCAAAAAUGUCCAGUUACUUUGACAACUGUGACAGUGAGGUCGGAGGAAAUGAAAAUCAAGACAUUGUCAUCGUCUGUUGACACGGUAUUCUUGAUGAAUAACAGUCAGUGGAGCUACGUCAGCAGCAGGAUAUUUAGUUUUUCUGAACCGACCAGACAAUCUGGAACACUUCUUGAAAUUUCAUUGAAGCGAAGAAGCGAAUUUUACGUUAUUUACCUUAUAAUUCCAUUAGUAUUUCUUGGAAAAAUAAACAAUCUCGUCUUUGCCAUACCGGCAUUUGCAGGCGAAAGAAAUUCUGUGGCAAUAACUUCUUUCUUAUCAUUUGCUGUGUAUAUGCAAAUUGUCAACAGCAGCGUUCCACAAAGUUCCAAACCGAUAGCGUAUAUUUAUUACUAUCUGUUGUUUUUACUUAUAUACAGUUCAUACAUCAUGUUUGCUUGCAUUGUGUCUUUGCGUAUCUAUGACAAGCAAGGAAAGGUUCCUGCAUGUGUAGAAAAUCUAGUCAGUACUUUAAGAUUCUGGUGCUGUAAACAAAGAAGAAGACCACUUGAUAAAAUAAACUCUCUCUACCGCUCCGAUUCACAAACUGACAUUUCUGAAACUGAGCAAGACAAUACUGACGUGAAACCGAAUCUUGAAGACAAAUUCGAGGAUAAAGAGGUUACUUGGACGCUUGUUGGAAAAACGUUUGAUAUAUAUUGUGGAGUUUUCAACUUUAUUAUUUUUAUUACUUUUACCUGGUCGUCAUUUAUCAACUUAUAUCUUAACCAAAGUUUAUAA